AUUUUUUGUGAAUAAAAUUCAAUAAAAAUGUUAUAUUUACGUAAAACCCAAGAGCUGGCCAUAAGGAACCUAGCUGCACGUUUCCUGGCCGGUAAUCGUAACUAUAGUCGUGACUAUGAUUCUUCAGAUGAUGAAAAGGAACUGAAAAAAUCCCAAAAACCCAAAAAGGAGAAAUCCCCCGAAACGCCAGCCCCAGCUGCCGCUGAUGAAUCGGCCUCAGCAAAAUUAAAUCGUUUGCUGGCAUCCAUGCAAACUGAAGAUCACAUGAAUUUGAAUAAAAACUAUGAUGUUGUACCCAAACCCGGUGAUGCAAAUAAGAAAAAGAAACUGCAAGUUAAGCAGCAAGCUGAAUCGAAAGAUAUUUUCUCGGCUGCCAAGAGGGUAGCUUCACUGUUAGGCGAGGAAAACAAGCAGCAAACCGAAUCGGAAUUAUUGUCCAAAUUGUUGGGUGGUGGCAAACCAACCACCGGCGAUGCUGGUGCUGGGGAUGCUGGUGAAAAAUCGAAAACCUCUCCCGAAUCCGAUGUUAGCUUAAGUGAUUUAAUUGUUGGCAUGAAAAUUGAUCGUCGUCAAAAUCAAAAAGAUUCCGCACCAACACGCAGUGAAUACGUUCGUCGUUCCAUUGCGGCCAAGGGUAGUCAAAAGCAACAAUAUCGCAAAGAUGGCAAUGCCAAGGAUAAACGUCCCGUGCAACGACCCCGUGAGGCAGCCACUUACACAGGAAGUGUAAACCUCUUUGGCGGUGAACCUUUGGGUAUUUUCACCGAACCCGCACAACUUAAGGAAUCCACUGACCUCUUACCCACUUGGUCGUAUUUGCAAGAACAGUCGCUAAAGCUUCAAGUAAGCCAUCCCCCCAAUAACUAUUUCGAUAAAAUUGCCUUGUGGACGGAACAGGGUAAAGUAUGGCGUUUCCCUAUUGACAAUGAACAGGAUUGGACCGCGGAAAAGGAUGUUGACUUCUCUGAACAUAUCUUUUUGGAACAGCAUUUAGAGGGUUGGUGUCCGACACGUGGUCCCAUCCGUCAUUUUAUGGAAUUGGUAUGUGUUGGUCUUUCGAAGAAUCCUUAUCUAACGGCAAAGGAGAAAAAGGAUCACAUUUUGUGGUAUCGUGAUUAUUUCGAAUCGAAAAAGGAUAUUCUAAAAGAUUUAAUAGCUGAAGAUGCGAAGGCAAAGGCCCAAGGGGCUGCAAAACAAGUUGAGGCAUAA